AUGGUACUUAAUCAAGUUUUUUCUUAUUUGUUAUCUUUACUUGAACGUUCAAAUUUGGAUUUAAUUUAUUUAACAUGGCUAUGGAAUUUAUUUAAACCAUUGUGUAUUUUAUUAAUAUCGUUAUUUGUUUUACCUGCCAUUAUACUUAUAUUUAUGUAUGGUUCAUCAUUGUUUUGUUUGAUUUAUAAACAUUGGAAUCGGUUAAAAGCUGCUUACAGCGAAGAUCUUUGGUAUGGAGCAAUAAAAACGUUAGCUGUUUUUUGGGAAUUACAAGCAACAAUAUGGCAUGGUUAUGAAGUCGAAGGAUUAGAAAAUAUUCCAACUGAGGGACCUGCACUAAUUAUCUUCUAUCACGCUGCACUUCCAAUUGAUUUCUAUUAUCUGUUUGCUAAAAUAUGGCUCUAUCGUAAUAGACGUAUACGAGUUGUUGCCGAUAAAUUUGUUUUUAAAAUUCCUGGACUUGCAACUCUACUUGAAGCACUUGAAAUUCAACCAUCAACAUCAACAAUGUGUAAAUUAAUGCUUGAAGAAGGUCAUAUUCUUGCUAUUUCGCCUGGUGGUGUUCGAGAAGCUCUAUUUGGUGAUCAGAAUUAUCAAUUGAUAUGGAAACAACGAAAAGGAUUUGCUAAAGUUGCAAUCGAAGCUAAAGUUCCUAUCAUUCCAAUGUUUACAAAAAAUUGCCGAGAAGCUGUAAGAGCUAUGACCUUGGGUCGUCGAUUUUUAAGUUACAUCUAUGAAAAAACUCGUUUACCAUUAGUACCUAUUUAUGGAAUAUUUCCAGUGAAAUUAAUUACUUAUCUUGGUGAACCGAUUCCUUAUGAUCCAAGCGUAACACCCGAAGCUCUUGCAAACCGGGUUAAAAACGAAAUUGAAACAAUGAUUGAAGCUCAUCAACGACGGCCUGGCAGUAUAGCAAGAGCUUUUUUGGAUCGAUUUAUUAAUUCAUCAAAAAAAGAAAAGAAAAGAUAA